CCCCCACUUCGGUUCCCCUCCCCCUGGCAUCUUGUACGAAACAACGCCACACAUUCGGCUCGGUCGCGCGACUCGCGACCUUCAUUCAUCUUCCAUCCUUUCUUUUGCAACUUCUCUCCCUCUCUGUCUUUUGACAACAUUCUCAAGCUUUAAUUCACUGGGCAACACCUCGACAAGCUAGCGCAUUCAGUGCACUUGCCCUCGCUCGCAAACGCAAAGCAGGAAGCCGCCGCGAGCAACACCUCUCCGUUGUCCGCCAGAAUGCGCCCUGCGCGACGGGACUUCAACCAAGGGUACCCACCGUCGUCCUUGUACGGCGGCGGGCAGGGAUAUCCUCUCGCUGGCGGCCAGAUGCAGAAUGGCGGCGGUAUGGGUAACCCUCAUCAUCAACAGCAGCAGCAGCAACAACAGCAACAACAAUCAAUGAUGCAGCAGCAACAGAUGCGGGGCGGACAGAUGCAAGGCGGGCAGAUGCAGGGCGGGCAGCAACAAGGGCCAGGCUCUGAUAUCCAGUCUAAUGCCCCCUCUCAGUCCCAACAGCCCGAGAUGAACCUCGCCAACGUCCUCCAUUACCUUCAGAGCGAGUGGCGCCGCUGGGAGCGCGACCGCAACGAAUGGGAGAUUGAACGCGCGGAAAUGAGGGCGCGCAUCGCCAUGCUCGAAGGCCAGCGCCGCUCGGCCGAGAACUUGAAGGUCGACCUCCUGCGCCGCGUCAAGAUGCUUGAGCAUGCUCUGCGACAGGAACGGGCUCAUAAGGCUGGAGGUCGUGCGACUGCCGGCGCAGCACGCCUCCUUGUCCUCCAGGACGAGGACAAGAUGAGCCGCGACGACAAGGAGGGCAGCGGAAGCAGUGAUGGUGGCGAUGACAACAGUGAAAGGCCAGAGCGCCCACCAAAGGCAAACGGCACCCACGCUUCGGGCAUGGCCAAAGCGGCGUCGACGGCGCACCGCCCAGUCCCUGACACGAGCGCGUGGAAGAACCUCGCCGCUCCACCGCGAGACCCAAAGGCGCGCGCGCGCAGCCGCGAGUACCUCAAGCAAUGCCUGCAGGAGAUCACGUACCUAACUUCGCCGGGCGCUCUGAAUCCCCUCCCGGCCCGUGCGCCGGUCUCGAUUGACGAGUCGAACGGAGAGGCUGGAGUCCCUGAGCGUCCGCGCAAGACGUUGCCAGAGCAGCCGAUUCCAUCCAUGGUCGUCAAUGAACCAGAGGCAAAGAGCGAGCAGCCCGCUGCUCCGUCGGCCUCGGCCUCGGGCGCUGCGCCUGUGGAACCUACAGGCCCCACUUCCCAGGCCAUAAGCGAGGCUGCGGCUGCGGCGACCGCUACCACCGUGCAAGAAGCAGUUGCGAAUACCACCAACCGAGAGCAGACCGCAUCGUCGGUCCCAAACGGAUCGGCGGAGGGGAAUGAGACACGGGAAUCCUCGGCGGCAACCAUCGGCGAUGCCCCUCCUUCCUCUCCGGCCCCGCGCACGGUUGCACUGCCUGAGAACGAAACACCUGCAGGCGGGUCGCCCCCGGGGCUGUCUGUCAUUGAGCCGCCAAGGCAGCAGCUCACUGCCAUUUACAAGCCGGAGAGCAAAGCUGCGUGGCGCGAGGAGUUGCGCGCGGCCAAUGAGGCGGCGAGCAAGGUUCCAUGGCCUCCGCGCAAAACAACGGACGAGGAACAGUUGGCCGGCCUCACCCUGAUCGACGAGGACAUCAAGGCGGAGGAGGCUGACGGCGACCGUGUUUGGACGACGCGUCGAGCGCUCAAAAGCCACCUAGACAUCGUGCGUAGCGUUGCUCUUGCCAACGGUCCGGACUUGAUUCUCGCGACAGGCGGAGACGACUGCACUGUCAAGGUAUGGGCGCUCGAUGCACCGAGCGUCAUGUCAUCCACAUACCGCCCUCUUGCCGCAUCCGAGCAAGAGCCCGCUGCCACGUACCGCGGCCACACGGAACCUGUCCUUGCUGUUGCUGUGUCAAGCACUUUGGGACUAGUCUUCUCCGCAUCGGCCGACUCGACAAUUCGCGUGUGGGAGCUGGCAAGCAGAGGGAACGACCCGUAUGCUCCUUACGAUCCCUCAAAGGCUGUCGCGACCCUUGAGGGCCACACAGAGGCUGUGUGGGACGUGUGUCUUAUACCCGCACGGCCGAGCGCCAAUGGAACGCAUGGCACCAAGCCCGGCGCCGAGAGCCAGCUCGUGUCUGUUUCUUCCGACGGCACUGCGAAGUUGUGGAUGGAGAAGGACGGCCGGUGGUCACUACAGGCUUCGUUCACCGACUUUGGUGGUGCAACACCUACAUGUGUUUCGGGCGACAACCAGGACUUUGGCCGGGUGUUGGUGGGGCUCUCGAAUGGUCUCGUCAAACUGUAUUCACUCGAGGAUGGCAGCGUCGUGCAAGAGUUCGGCGAGGAGGGGUCGCAGGUCAACGCCAUCCUCAGCCAUCCGACAUUGCCGCUGGUCGUCACAGGCCACGAGGAUGGCCAUCUCCGCUUUUUUGACUCAAAGACUGGCGCACAGAACUCGAGCCUCCUCGCCCACCCGAAGCCUAUCACGUCGCUCUCGCUUUCCCCCCUGUCGCCGACAUGCGUGUUGUCCGCCAGUGUGGACUGCAGCGUGCGGCUGUGGGACCUGCAGCGCAAGACAUCGCUGCAGGACUUGAAUGGGCAUCGGCAGCGUUCGAACGAGGGCGUGACGCACGUCGCGAGCCACCCCGAGAUGCCCAUCAUCGCGAGUGCCGGUGCGGACGGCGUCGUGCGCAUUUGGGGCGCGGGGUAAGGAGGCGGAAAAGCAUUAUGCUGCCUCUCGCGCGGAGUACGCGAGGGCAACAUCAUCAUCAGCAUCGAGCACCUUUUUUCUAGACUAGUUUAUCAGUGGUGGGCCGCAUCGUCAUUGUCGUGUGCAUGAUGGAUUGUAGUCGCAUGAGUACUCUCUCCUUCCUUGGUUUUUUGAGGGUUGCAGUGCAACCUUGGAUGCAAAGUCAUAAGAAGUUGAA